AUGAAUUUCAACGGAUGGCAAUACAUGUUCCACCUUAAUGAGAAAAAUCACUCCAACGCAGUUGUAAGCUUCUUCAAUGAAAUACAACAUUACUUUUUUAAGAACAUCUACCAAGAAAGCAAGCACAUUUGCAGCCAGAAUGCUAGUUUGACAGUAAAAGUAAAUGUAUCUACAGAUGACACAAAAUUAACUUGGUCAACAUAUGAAGGAUACAAACUGAGUUUAUCAAUGGAUAGAUUGGAUGCUUCGGUUGCAAUGAUCGAAGCUGAAACAAUAUUCGGCGUACGUCACGCUAUCGAAACUUUAUCACAGCUUAUGGUAACAGUUAGAAACGAAAUCGGAAAUAAAACAUGUUCCAUUUUAUAUUUAUUAAAAGAAGCUACUCUUCGCGACCAACCAGCAUAUGCUCAUCGAGGCGUAUUGAUAGAUACAGCUAGAAAUUACAUCCCAAUCAAAAUACUAAGGAAACAACUUGAAGCCAUGGCCUCAUGUAAAAUGAACGUACUUCACUGGCAUAUUACUGACACACAAAGCUUUCCGGUCGUGCUCGAACUUGUACCUGAAGCCAGCGCAUUUGGGGCCUAUUCUGCAGAGGCAAUCUACACCCAGAAAGAUAUUGAGGACUUGGCUCAGUAUGCAAAGUAUCUGGGAAUUCGUAUUAUACUAGAAUUCGAUGCACCUUCACACGCCGGUAAUGGAUGGCAAUGGGGCCCCUCGCGGGGCUUAGGCGAUUUGGCGUUGUGCAUCAAUCAACAACCAUGGCGUAGCUUUUGCAUCGAGCCACCUUGUGGGCAACUAAAUCCAGCAAACCCUAACAUGUAUAAUGUUUUGCAGCAACUGUAUUGGAACUUCGCGUCCAUGAAUAAUGAAGAAGAUAUAUUACAUAUGGGUGGCGAUGAAGUUUUUUUUGGUUGUUGGAACGCAUCGGAAGAAAUCGUAAAUUACAUGCGAGAUCGUGGUAUAGGUCAAACCGAUAACGGUUUUCUAGAGCUGUGGAACGAGUUUCAAAAUAAAUCGCUUCAACUUUGGGACAAUGCGCGGUUCCAGUCUAACCCAAAUACUAAAGAAAACUUUAUUCCUGCACCUGUUAUUUUGUGGUCUAGCCAACUUACAGAGCCAUCUGUAAUUCAACGGUUUUUGGACAAGAGUCGAUAUGUAAUACAAACGUGGCUCCCUUCCGAAAGUGAAAUUCCUAGAGCCUUACAAAGUCUCGGAUAUAAACUCAUUAUUUCAACGAAGGAUGCAUGGUAUCUCGAUCAUGGCUUUUGGGGACAAACAACUUACUACGCAUGGAAAAAAGUGUAUCAAAAUCAGCUUCCUGAAGGAAAAGGGAUUUUAGGAGGCGAAGUAUGUGUCUGGACCGAGUACAUAGAUGAACAUUCUGUUGAAGGACGAAUCUGGCCACGAGCAGCUGCAGCCGCUGAGCGCUUGUGGUCGAAUCCAGCAUCGAAGGCAUCGGACGCUGAGCCACGUUUUUUUCGACACCGUAACCGCCUUAUAUCUCGCGGAUUGAAUCCAGAAGCGGUAGCGCCUAAAUGGUGCGAACAGAAUGAAUACGAAUGUCAAUAAUGUUAUAAGGAAUGUAAAGAUAGAAUAGACUAUAACGAUCACUAAUGUUUGAUUCGAUAAAGCUAAAAUAUGGUUUAAAUCAUGGUUGUAGAAUCAAUUGAAUAGGUGAACAUCGAGUGGAUAGGUAGAGUGAAUUAGGGUAGAAAUUAUCAUGUAUUUUUUGAUCAUAUCUUACAUAUCUUACUUUCCAGCACUGGGCAUCAGUAGAUUUAUGUUGUUGUAAAGGAAAGGUAUUUGAAUUCUUCAAUAGCCAAUCUAGCUUCCUACAGGUGAAAUAAAAAAUAAAAAAUAGUGAAUGUUU